AUGGUUGAGGAAAAACAAGCUCGUUAUGUAGUUAGCGCCUGGGAGCCGGCUCUGGAAAUGAUCUUCCGUUAUCAUCCAUCUGCUAAAUUCGCUUACACCGGCCGAUUGGAUAUUAAUGAUUUCACUCAGGAAGGUUUUUACGUCCAAAAGCGACUGGGAUCGUCUUUCCAUACUCUAAAGCAGUUGGCUGACAGCCGGGACCCCAUAUAUACGGUCAUGUUCAUGCCUGGUGGAGAUAAUGAGCCUCUUGAUAUUAGGACACCAUAUCAACCUUCAGAGUCUAGGCUGACGAUGACAGCGUCAAGUAAAUUACGUUUUUCCGUUUUUCCCGAUGAUUCAAAUUUGCGUAGUUACUUGUUGCGCCUUCGCAUAUGGUUUGGUGAUCCAUACCGAGAAAAGUGUGAGGAAGUAUCAACCUCUUUGAAAGCGAGAGCUCAACUCUUAGGAGAGUUUGUAGCGGAGCAGAUGAGUGGUCUUAAUCAAGAUCGAGAUUGUUCCAUGCCCAGUGUUAACUUACACAUAGCGGAUAUAAUGACUGAACUCAAAUCCUGUAUAAUCGGUUUGGGUUUCAUCCGCUGUGGAGGGCCUUUGGAGCGAGCUGUUCUAUAUAAAGUGUUGGCUGAUAGAGUGGGGCUGCCGUGUGCCUUGUACAGAGGCAGCAGCGCACACGCCUGGUGUGAGGUGGCCGUGCCGGAGAUGGACCCGAAUGGGCCAAUGGACAAGGAUGAGAGAUUUCCAGCGGGGUUACUCCGAGCCAACUAUGUAGUAGACCUCAUGGAAAGACCCGGUCGACUGCUACCACUAUCAUCGCCUGAAGCAAAGAAUGUGUGCGGCGCGAAAUGUACGCCGUACACUGCGCGCGUCCUAGACCCAGUGUGCAAGUGCGAACAUUGA